AUGGCGGAUAUUGAAAUCAAAAAGGAAAAGAAAAAGAAGAAAAUUAAGGAAGAGCCAAUUGAUGCGGAUGAUCUUGGAGUGCUACAAAAAUCUGGCGACUUUUCUGUGAAGCCAUCUGAAAAAUCUGUGAAGUUAGAUGCUUCGCAAUGGCCUUUGUUGUUGAAAAAUUUCGAUAAGCUGAAUGUGCGUACCAACCACUAUACACCUUUACCUCAUGGCUCUUCUCCACUUAAUAGAGAUAUUAAAGAAUAUAUGAAGUCUGGUUUCAUUAAUUUGGAUAAACCAUCUAAUCCAAGUUCACACGAAGUUGUCGCCUGGAUAAAGAAAAUUCUAAAAGUUGAGAAAACUGGACAUUCUGGAACAUUGGAUCCAAAAGUGACAGGUUGUCUUAUUGUGUGUAUUGAUCGCGCAACACGCCUAGUUAAGUCACAACAAAGUGCUGGUAAAGAAUACGUUGCCAUAUUCAAGCUACAUUCGCCAGUGGAGUCGGUAGCAAAAGUUCGUCAAGGAUUGGAAAAAUUGCGUGGUGCACUCUUCCAACGACCACCUUUAAUUUCAGCAGUCAAAAGACAAUUGCGUGUUCGUACAGUUUAUGAUAGCAAACUCUUGGAUUAUGAUGAGGCUCGUAAUAUGGGUGUUUUUUGGGUUAGCUGUGAGGCGGGUUCGUAUAUUCGUACCAUGUGCGUACACUUGGGCUUAGUGCUAGGAGUUGGUGGCCAAAUGUUAGAACUGAGACGUGUACGUUCUGGUAUACAGUCUGAGCGUGAUGGCAUGGUGACGAUGCACGAUGUCUUGGAUGCUAUGUACCUGUAUGAAAAUCACAAAGACGAGUCGAUGUUGCGACGAGUAAUCAAGCCAUUAGAAGGUUUACUUGUUAACCACAAACGCAUUAUAAUGAAAGACAGCUCGGUCAACGCUGUUUGCUACGGUGCGAAAAUCAUGUUGCCCGGUGUGUUACGUUAUGAGGAUGGUAUUGAAAUUGAUCAAGAAAUUGUCAUCGUCACAACAAAGGGUGAAGCAAUUUGUUUGGCCAUUGCACAAAUGACAACAGCAACAAUGGCAUCAUGUGAUCACGGUGUCGUAGCUAAGAUCAAACGUGUUAUCAUGGAGAGAGAUACAUAUCCGCGUAAAUGGGGCCUAGGACCUAAAGCUUCAGCAAAGAAAGCACUUAUUGCGGCAGGAAAAUUGGAUAAGUAUGGACGUCCGAAUGAAAAUACACCCAAGGAGUGGUUAACCGGCUUCGUUGAUUACAAUGCAAAGAAGCCUGCGGCAGCUGUAGCGCCACAAAAUACAACGCCAAGCCAUGGUGGCAGUACAGAGGAGGGUAAAAAGCGCAAAUUGAGCGUGACCAGCCAAGAUGAGAACACUGGAUCCGUGGUACCAGCUGAUAUUGAAAAGUCCGAAAAGAAGAAGAAGAAGAAGCAUAAAUCCGAUAAAGAGGCUCCCGAAGAAACAGUAGUGGUGGAAGAGGGAGCGGAGGUGACAGAAAAGAAAGAGAAAAAGAAGAAGAAGAAGAAGGACAAAGAUAGAGAAAAAGAAGCUGAGGAAUGAAUUAAGCCUUUGUAGAUCGCUAAAUUCAAGUCUAUUGCAGUGCAUUUUAUAGAGUACCGUUCUAUUGCGUUAAUUUUAGUUAACUUCCUUUUUUAAAUACAAAAUUGUUUGCAAAAAAUGUUUAGGUUGACUCAGAAAUAAGUCUGAGUUCAGUAUGUGGUCUUUCUAAGACAUAUAUUUUUCUAUGAAUUGACAACACAUAAUAGACGACCUCAGCAAAUAUACAAAAUAAUACAAUAAUUACAUUUUAUGUAUUGUAGCUAUAAGAUUAAAGAUAAGUCUGGUAACUGUAGACUACUUAAUUUCUCAGCUGUACAAAUGGUAUAUUACCAAUAUGUGGCUGACAACAAAAACAUGAAAAUAUACAAAGUAGCCUAUAAAAAACGUAA